AUGGACCUACUUCUUCAUAUUUGGCUAUUUUACGGUGUGAUAACCGUAUUGCUCAUGUUAUUUUUAAUCGUGAUUUUCGGCAAGAAUAAACGAUUCAAUAAUUCGUUCUAUCGAAUUGCGCAAUGCAAUUUGGUUCUGGUAAGGGCUUUUUUUGGGUACUGUAGAAAAAUGUUUGGUGUCAAAAAACGUGGAUUUUCUGGCCUACAGUACCCCUAAGCAUGUUUAGUCUUUAAAAAUCGCAAAUUUCCCUUAGAACCUCUUCUGCUACUUCAACUCCUGGAUCCAUCGCCUAGCUCAACGUCCUUCCACCGGAAAUCUCCUCCAAAAUAUUCCUCGCCAAAUUCUAGUCAUCACCUCCUACACAAUGCCAUUCGCUCUUCAAUCACAAAGUCUUAGCAUCGUCCUACUGUGCUUCUACCGCUACAGUUUGUUGCUGAAAAUCUGGAAUUUUAGUAGAUUCUGGGCGAAAUGGUGGGUACGGUAUGCGCCGUUUAGAUGUAGGAAGUUCGUACAGCUAAAACGAUAUUCCUCAAGUUGGGUGUACGGUAUGCGCCUUCAAGCAUCUGUACUGUACUUUAUGUUAAUUGCAUAGUGACUCUUAACAGUACGUACCUUAACUUAACAUAGCUCAACUGUAUUGUACAUUUCAAAAUUAACCCUAGGAUAGCCUUAAGCCUUAACCGUACGAUAUUUCUCAAGUUGGGUGUACGGUAUGCGCCUUCAAGCAUCUGUACUGUACUUCACGUUAAUUGCAUAGUAACUCUUAGCAGUACGGUAUACCUUAAGUAGGCCACCAGCGUACCGUAUACCUUAACUGAACAGGAUAGUAAACACUAAAUGUACGAUAAGGGUCAACUGUAUUGUGUACUCAGUAGAUAUACGGUAUGCGCCUUUAACCCGAAUAUGUUCCAGGUAUAUUCUAGUGUACUUCGGUCUGAUUCUUUCCUCCAUCGCUAUAAUUCUCCCGAUUUCUUUCACAUUUUUCCCACUAACCUACGAUGAAUCAGUAGGAUACUAUAUCUCCGAUCCGUAUUACCUUCAAAACUAUCGCUAUAACUUCGGCAGAUAUCUCUGGUAUUGUUGUAUGAUUUAUCUGCUAGUUAUCACAACUCUCGGCCUUUUAACACUUUACAAACUGCGCAAGCGAUUCGCCCAUCAUCAUUCUUCAAAUGAUCCAAGGACUCGAGAUAUGAUGAAGAGAGUUACGUUAAUUGUGACGAUUAAUUCAUUACUUACUUUGAUACUUUGA